AGAGAAGGUAUUUAGCGCUUACAAAGAGCUUGUUGGCAGGCUCUCAGUUCCAGGGACAUGGAGUCAAGCUGGCCUCUCUAUUUUAUUUCAUUUUUGGUGCUGGGUUGCGCUUUUUGCUGAGCCUUGCACAGAAUUGGUGCACCAGUCAGGUGUGAGCAUCAGCAAAACGGCAUCCUGCUGGCUGUGCAGUGCAGGGCGAGUACAGGAGGUGUGAUGCUGCUUCUGCUGCCAGAUAGCUUCAUCAUCGGGGCUUUUUUGCUACCCUGGGCAUUGUCCCUGCACCGGGGUCCCCGCUCUGCUGGCUGUUACAGUGUGAGCACAGGCUCUAGUGAUGUGCGCGUGAUUUGUAAUCUAUUCUGGGAUCCCUCUAGCAGAAAAAAUGCAAUAUCAUCAUCAAAAAGACUGCUGUGGGGUAAACUGGAUCUCCCAUGUGAGCCAGCAAGCAACGCAGAGCCCUCCUGAGCAGGGAGCCCUGCCGCGAGGUGCGGGGAAGGGGGCUCAGCUCCUCGUGGUGCGGGUCCACGUGGCGUGGGGACAGCUCAGCCAUGCUGAGGAGCUGAUGAUAAGGGGCAGCUCCGUGCUGGCAGCUCCCGGGCACCGCAGGUACGUUGGCCUGCUAGAGGAGCUCAUUCUAAGCAUGAGUUUCCGAAUUUUGCUCGGUAGCAGUGACCGAGUUCAUUUUAAGGCACCUAGUCAUCUGUCCAUAGCUGUUCCCCUGUGUUUCAGCCCCUCUUUGUCUUUGCUUUGCACUCCAAAGAGUUUUUGUUUCUCUCGCGUAGCCUUUGUGAGCUGACAUUUUUAAUGUGUAUCUGGAGAUGUGGUGACAACAGAGGUUGCACCUCGCAGCAUGGAGGCGCCCGGGUCUCGUUUCCUUCAGGUCAUCCAUCACUAAGCACUGCAGGACAGGGAAGGUUGGGCGCGGGGCGAGCGUGCAGCGCAGGCUGCCAGCCCUGUGCACCCCAGUUUCCAUCCUGGGGCGAGCAGAGCGCCCUUCCUGCAGGAAGCAGUAGGAGACAUCUCACUGUGACAGGAGGAAUGUGACUCAAAAAUUGUAGGUCAAGGUGAGCUCAAGGGCGGCUCACACACCAGUUUCUGGGUUGAGCAGAUAAUGGCAGUGCUUGGCGCCUGGUUUCAUGCACACUUUUGCAGGUCUGAAGUGCUAAGGGAAGAGUAAGUUUUUCCCUUUCUUGUCUUGUGAGGGUAAGAUGAGGGUCAUGGGGUGAGAGACGGUGCUCUGCUCUUCUGCUCUCCCCCUUCUUGCAUGUAGCUUUUCAGGACACAGGCACAUUUCCCUUCCUGUUUAUUCUGAACUGAUUGAAUUUGGGAUGCUGAUCCCCUGGGAAUCAAGCUAGUUUUGAAUCUCUUGUAGUCUCACUGCUGUCACUGUGCAUGACAUCGCAGCAGCAGCAAUGGGCACUGACCUUAGCCAGGGGAGACAGAAACCAUGUGAGUUUAACCCGGCACAGCAGUACCUCCUGCUGUGUCACGGUGUUUUCUGGAAAGGGAUGUGUUUGCAGCUGACCCAGACCCCAGUGGUAUUCUUGGAAAGAUCCUCAACGACUGCGAAGGGGCAGUCGGGACCUUCUGAGAUGACCCUGGAGUGCUCGUAGUGGUGUUGUUAGCCUGGGCCUCCAGAGAUGCAGAUACCAAGGGCAACUCUCCAUGGUGAUAGAUGGCAUCAUAUGUGACUCAUUGUGACAUGAGUUGUCUUACGAGUGUCACCCAGAGAAGAGACCAUUUGUGGUUUUGGCAUGUGCAAGGGAGGAACCAGGACCCUCUUUUCACGGUUUGGGCUGCAGUCGCAUGAAUUCAGGUGUGCGGGACAUUUACAGAAGGACGUAGCUCUGAAGCCUCAGGAACGUGUGGAGAAGCGACAGAAUCCUCUAGCCAAGAAGAAACGGGAAGCACUUACCAAUGGGUUGUCGUACCUGCCAAAAAAGAACAGACUUCACCACCACCAGUACAACUCCGACCGAGAAAAUGAUCGUAAUCUUUGUCAGCACCUUGGGAAAAGGAAGAAAUUACCGAAGGGCCUCAGACAGCUCAAGCCAGGUCAAAACAGUUGCCGAGACAGCGACAGUGAAAGCGCCAGUGGGGAAUCGAAAGGUUUCCAUCGAAGUAGCUCUCGGGAAAGACUCAGUGACAGCUCAGCUCCUUCCAGCUUGGGAACAGGCUACUUUUGUGACAGCGACAGUGAUCAAGAAGAAAAGGCAUCUGAUGCCAGCUCUGAAAAACUGUUCAACGCUGUUACAAAUAAAGAUAAAGAGUUAGGAGUCAGUGCGCUAGCCGAAAAUGCCGACCCUGGUGCUAGGGGGCCAGCUGUCCCAAAAAUAUCAGGAUUAGAGAGGAGUCAAGAGAAGAGCCAGGACAGCAGCAAAGACCCAAUACUUGAGCCUGUGGUGCCUAAAGACCCUUGUCCUCAGGCGGCCCAGCCUUUGGCCCAGCCCCAGCUGGAGCCGCAGCCAGAGGCGCCUUGCCCCAGCCCCGCGCUCGCCCCGCACCCGGAGGCUCCAGCCCCACCGGCCCCACCGCUGGCCGCCCAGCCACCGCCAGCCCCAGAGGAGGCCGCCCGCCAGCCCGCGCCACAGCCGCCCAUCCAGCACCCACCGCGGCCGCAGUCACCAGUGCAGCCGGCCCAUCCCAACCUCCCUCCAGUGCAGCCCCAUCCGGCCUCUCAGAGCCUCUCGCAGCCGCUCUCCGCCUACAACAGCAGCAGCUUAAGCCUCAACAGCUUAAGCAGCAGCAGAAGCAGCACUCCUGCCAAGACUCAGGCCCCCCCUCCACACAUAUCUCACCACCCUUCAGCCUCACCGUUCCCCCUCUCUUUACCAAGCCACAGCCCGCUGCAUACCUUCACGCCCACCCUCCAGCCCCCCGCACACCCACAUCACCCCAAUAUGUUUGCCCCUCCUACGGCUUUGCCUCCUCCACCGCCAUUGACGUCAGGGACCCUGCAGGUUCCAGGACACCCAGCUGGUAGCACUUACUCAGAACAAGAUCUUCUUCGUCAGGAACUAAACACGCGGUUUUUGGCCUCACAGAGCGCAGAUCGCGGGGCCUCCCUGGGCCCGCCUCCGUACCUGAGGACCGAGUUCCACCAGCACCAGCACCAGCACCAGCACACACACCAACACACACACCAGCACACCUUCACGCCUUUCCCUCACGCCAUCCCACCCACUGCCAUCAUGCCAACGCCAGCACCACCCAUGGUGCGUACCCCAGGCAGAAAUUUUGACAAAUACCCUACAAAAGUUGACCCCUUCUACCGUCACAGUCUGUUUCACUCCUAUCCUCCAGCUGUAUCAGGUAUUCCUCCCAUGAUUCCUCCAACUGGCCCGUUUGGCUCACUACAAGGAGCAUUUCAACCCAAGACUUCCAAUCCUAUUGAUGUUGCAGCCAGACCUGGAACUGUCCCACAUACCCUUCUACAGAAAGAUCCACGGUUGACAGAUCCGUUCAGGCCCAUGUUGAGGAAACCCGGAAAGUGGUGCGCUAUGCAUGUUCACAUUGCCUGGCAGAUAUACCAUCAUCAACAGAAAGUCAAGAAACAGAUGCAGUCAGAUCCACACAAGCUGGACUUUGGCCUGAAACCUGAAUUUCUGAGCAGGCCACCAGGCCCCAGCCUUUUUGGAGCCAUCCACCACCCCCAUGACCUGGCUCGGCCCUCGACUCUCUUCUCCACAGCCAGUGGGGCUCAUCCAGCUGGCACCCCUUUUGGCCCUCCACCUCACCACAGCAACUUUCUCAACCCAGCUGCUCACUUAGAGCCUUUCAAUCGACCAGCUUCCUUCAGUGGUCUCACUGCAGUGGGUAGUAAUGCCUUCGGGGGACUCGGGAACCCGACAGUUACACCCAACUCAAUGUUCGGCCACAAGGAUGGCCCCAGUAUGCAGAGCUUUAGCAACCCUCACGAGCCCUGGAACCGACUGCACCGAACUCCUCCUUCGUUCCCGACCCCUCCGCCCUGGCUGAAGCCAGGAGAGCUGGAGCGCAGUUCAUCUGCUGCAGCUCAUGACAGAGAUAGAGAUGUAGAUAAACGAGACUCAUCUGUUAGUAAAGAUGACAAAGAAAGGGAGAGCAUUGAGAAAAGACACUCCAGCCAUCCUUCGCCAGCACCUAUCCAUCCAGUGAACUCCCUCGGACAUAAUCGCAGCUCAAAUGAGCAGAUCAGGAGCCAUCUGAAUCCCGAGGUUCGAGAAAAAGAGAAACCCAAAGAGCGAGAGAGGGAUCACUCCGAAUCUCGGAAGGAAAUUAAUGUCGAAGAGCACAAGGUGAAGGACAACUAUAUUUCAGAGAAAGAAGGCCUGAGCCAUGAAAGCCGAGUGGUGGAAGAAUCAAAGCAAAUGUCCAGGGUUCCUUCACCCUAUGCUAGGCCCCCUGUUGUGGAGAGCACCAGGCCUAAUAGUACUUCAAACCGUGAGACUGAGAGGAAGAAUGAGCCGGCAUAUGAUAAUCCGAAGAAAAGCAAUGAAGUCAAGGUGAAGGAGGAGCGAAAGGAAGACCAUGAUGUUCAACCUGAGGGACCUCAGACUCACAGGUCAUCUGAUCAGCCCCCGCCUAUAUCUACAUCUAAUGUCCAUCCAAGUCCUUUAGUGUCUAUGCCCAUGACUGUAGGUGUAACUGGUAUACAUCACAUGAACAGCAUCAGUGGCCUGGAUAGGACUCGCAUGAUGACCCCUUUUAUGGGAAUUAGCCCAAUUCCUGGUGGAGAACGUUUCCCCUAUCCUUCUUUCCACUGGGAUCCAAUGAGAGAUCCCUUAAGAGAUCCUUACAGAGAUCUAGAUAUUCAUCGGAGAGACCCCCUGGGCAGAGACUUUUUGCUAAGAAAUGACCCCCUUCAUCGUCUUUCUACACCAAGAUUAUAUGAAGCUGACAGGUCGUUCAGGGAUCGGGAACCUCACGACUACAAUCACCACCACCAUCACCACCACCCUCUUUCUGUUGACCCGCGACGUGAGCAUGAGAGGGGCAACCACUUGGAUGACAGGGAGCGGUUGCACAUGCUCAGAGAGGACUAUGAACAUGCACGCCUGCACUCAGUUCACCCUGCCACCUUGGAUGGGCACCUGCCUCACCCAAGCCUAAUCACACCAGGACUUCCUAGCAUGCACUACCCCAGAGUCAGUCCCCCGACGGGACACCAAAAUGGCAUCCUCAAUAAAACUCCCCCAACAGCAGCUCUCAGUGCGCCUCCACCUCUUAUUUCUACUCUGGGACCUCGGCCUGGGUCUCCCAGAAGGACUACUCCUCUGUCGACAGAGAUGAGAGAGAGGCCUCCUUCUCACACCCUCAAGGACAUUGAAGCUCGAUAAGCAGAGUGAGACUAAAUGAAAACCAGAGAAAGAGGGACAGAAUGUUGUAAAUGAACAUAAUAUAAAAACCUUCUUACUAGUCAUUGAUACAGACUGGGGAUGUAACCCACUGUACAAUAUGUAUAGACCUGAGUGCAAAGAUUUUGAAAUGUUUUUUUUGUAUAUUAUAUGUUGAAAUUUUCCAGAUCUUUUAGCCAAGUCCAUAUGUUCCUUGUGUCUUCUACUCUAUUUUAUUUCUAGUUUAAAAUUUUCAAAUUUGAACUGAAGAACAAGACAUUACUCUGAAUGAUUUGACUAGAAACAAGCCACCACCAAUGACAACCGUACAACGCUCUUUCAGAAAACAAGUGAAAACAAUUGUAGAUAUUUAUGUAAAAAGAGUGCUUCAUGGGUUAAUGGUUCAUAUAUGCAAAAAGGGUAAGAUGAAAGCUUUACUUUGUACAAAUGUAAAUAGAUAAAAUUAAGUAACAUAAUACAUUAAUACUUCUUAAACUGUGCUAUUUGCAAACUUAAUAUUGAUCAACACAGUCUGCUUAUGCUGUGUUACAUAUAUUGUUAUAGACAGCUAAACCCCUUCAACUAUGCAAUGAAUUUUAAGGCUUUUCACAAAAGCCUUUAUAACUCAAAGGAGCCUUUUCAACACACAACAUACUUAAAGUCAUAUUUUCCCUGAACAAGCUCAUCUAUACUAGAAACCUAUUUCUCUUGCUUGUUUUGAUGAAGAAACAGACCAUUAGAAGUGUAGUUUUCUGUCUGAACCCCUGCAUCAAGAUGCUGAUGUUACUGUAGCUCAUGUAUUCCUUAGAAUGCGUCAGGUUAGCAAUCUAUAAUCACUGAUACUGUAGUCAUGACUGAUGGGUUUUUAGUCACAUUAAUAUGGGUUAAACAGAAUAAUAAUCAAAUGCUGGAUAUUUUCCAGAACCUUCGUCACUUAACAUGUCAAAUUUAUUUUUGGAAGAACAUCUGGUUAUAACCAUUCAUGUCUGUUUUUAUUGCCAGUGUGUCAUUUUAAUCUGUACACACACUUUUUUUUUUUGUUAAGCGAUUUUUAGCUAUGUUGAAACAAAUCCUACAAGAAAGCCAAUACUUUUCUAAAUGAUGGAUAUGUUUUCACUGUGGAUCAGUAGUUUAAUUAAUGAACUCCGAUGCAGAUUUCAUAAUGCAACUUAUUGUAUUUCAGUUGGUAAUAAAGUCUGUGAAUAGUUAACAGGUCAACCUUGUUGUUCCCUAAUCAUGGAGGAUAUAACCUGAAGAACACGGUCCUUUUUAACAAUAUGCAUCAAUCUUCUGAAAUCUGUCUUUUCAUAACACACUUUUUUAUAAUGCGUUAAGUUUCUUGUCUAAAUAUUUGGAGAGAAUAUGACUUUAUCAGAGAGAAUUCAAUAUCUUGUCUACUGGACUGUAAAAUAUAUGUAUGAAAUAAAAUUAGUUCCAUUGGUCUUCUAGUGUAUUAAAGUGCUAUCUGAAGUUGUUAUCCUGUUUUGGCAAAAAAAAAAAAAAAAGAAAAAAAAGAAAAAAAAGAAGGAAAAAAGUUAACUACAGUUGUUUCUAAUGAUCAGAGAUCUAUUUUAGUAGUCAACUGAAGGUUUAGUUGUGAGCUUCAGAUUUUGUGAACUCCAGAUGUUGUGCAGUGUUCUUUUUUUUUUUUUGAUUUUUUUUAAGAACAAAAGGAAAAAUACAAAAAAAAAAAAAAACCCAACCCUGAAGAAUAUGUACACUGGAACCGUAGUGGUAGCUUUCAGUAUUGUAAAGAGAUUGUUAUAUACAAACCUUUUUGCUGUUUAUCCUGUAUGUAAUAAAGUCCUUUCUAGAUCCUAUGUGAAAAGAAAAGUGAAGCGGCUCUCAAUCUUCAGCAUGUUUCCUCAUCAGCGAAGACUUGUGUAAUGUAAAUUGUGCCAUGUUAUUAAAAAAAUGUGAACUAAA